AGUGCAACUCAGCUGCCCUCCACAAAGGCUCUCGCAAUCACAUCUAGAAUAACAAGGGGAGCAUCCCCUCCGCCACUCAUGGGGUCAGCGAUCGUGCUCGUCAACGAUUCAGCCCUACACUGUUUUGGAGGUCGACUCGAGGAUCGCGAGCUAACAAACUGUCACUACGUACUCGACGGACGUCUGAUUCAAGGGCUCUCUUUUCGCUUUCGCUCUCGACCGAUCCCGUCAAUACCAACUCCGCCUUGCCCUCGGUACUUCCACACCCUUAAUGCAUACGGCACGUCUUUGAUCCUGUUUGGCGGCAUGGGAUCAGCACAGGUACAGCAGAACGGCGAAGACAGUGACAAUGAAGGUGACCAACCAGGAAAGUUGGCAGCACUAGAUGAUCUGCAUGUGUUUGACAUUGUCACACAACGCUGGCAGCAGAAGCACCCUCGCGUGAACGAGCACACCCCAAGGGCGCGCUGGGCACACAUGGCGACGAUCCUCGAUCACUAUCUGAUAGUCAUUGGCGGCACAGAUACGGUCAAGGCAUAUGUGGAGGAUGCAUGCAUUCUCGACCUCCAUACCUGGGAAUGGGUUGCAUCCGUCAGGAACAUCGGACAAUGUGGGUCAUAUAGGACAAUUGCCGCCACAGGCCCCAGCGACAGCAUCAAGAAAACGUCGGUUCGGUUGAAGAGUGGAGAGUUGACGCCUGCGUUCAACGCUGGCACUGACAUGCCCUCGAUCUAUCUCUAUUCCAACUACAACUUUCAAAACCUGCAGAGGGAAUUCAAAGUCAUCGCCCCACAGUAUUCUCCGUCCUUGGCGUCGUCAACACCGACGGGCUAUGAGCUCCCGCCAGGCCUGCGUUUCCCCCAGGGACAUGUAUAUCAGAACCAGCUGAUCCUGACAGGAACAUUGAUCGUGCCGGGCAAGGCUCCUACGCUGGCCAUUUAUUCAUUCAGUCUAUCGCUCAACAGAUGGGAAAAACUUGACACCGAUACUUCUCUCCUUACUGGAUCAUGGAACAGGACGAUCCUCCACCCCGCAACAGGCACCUUGCUCAUCUUUGGCAAUCGCGAGUCGAACGCCGAGAUCGACUAUUCUACCAGAAUCCAGCACCACCACCACCUCAUGAUGAUCAACCUGCAGGCAUACGGUCUCUACGAACGACCCGUGCCAUCGUUCCUCCGCAUAGCGCAGGACCUGGGCGAGGAUCUUCUCAGAGAGACAGGGCUGAGUGAUAUGCACCUUGCCUCUGCAACCGGAACGCUCUUUGAUGCCAACUCCACGAUCCUUGCAGGGCGCUGGCCUGAAUUUGCAACCAUGCUCCUUUCACCACCCUAUGUCACGCCGCUGAUCCUCGUCCUUCCAGUCCCAGACGAAGUCAUCCCGGUCUUCUUGCACUAUCUCUACACAGGAGCGCUACCGCAGAAUGCGCUUAUCACACCGGGUAUCGCGGACUACUUGCUAAUUCUCGCACGGCGGUACCAGCUCAAUGGUCUUCAUGCGCUGACAUUGGAUGUGCUGCACCAAGCUGUCAUCACCAAUCCCAUGCGAGUCUAUAACUCAGCGCUGAUGGCUGGAGAACUCGGUCUACAGGCGCGCGCGGUUGGGUUGGCCAUGUUCGCUAACAGGGCCGCACAGUCAGGGCAGGACCAGCCGCCACCACUCCCUCCAGCGCCACGA